AUGAACCAAGCCACGACUGUGUAUCUGCUCACUUUCGCUCUAUCGGUCGCAUUCACCUAUUAUUGGGCCGCCAAAAGAAUUCCGAGUCGGCUCAUCGCUGAUCAAGCUCCAAGGUCGAGAUUCGAGCUCGUUCCAGUGAAGAGCUACGUGCCCGCGCGUGCUAGUGGGAUCGAUAUCAUAUUCGUCCAUGGCCUCGGAUCCAACCCUGAUACGACGUGGCAAGCGAGAAACCCCACGAACAGUGAGCAAUACGUGAACUGGACCGUCGGUACCCAUCUUCUCGAACAUAUCAACGGGCAGAUCCGUCAGUCGAAGCAUGAGCAGAGUCGAUGCUUGGUCUUCGUGGGACAUAGCUACGGGGGGGGCCUAGUAGUCAAAGAGGCGCUUAUUCAAGCCAAACGCAGGCGCGAGUUCAAUCACAUUGGGGAGCAAACAAGGGCGAUUCUUUUUCUAGGUACACCACAUCGCGGGACUAGCUUUGGCCCUUGGGGUCGGCUUGCCGCAUUCGCCUUGCAACCGCUAGGAUCUAAUCCAUUGAUCCUGGCCAAUCUGGAAUACGACUCUGUGGUGUUGAGUGAUUUACACGAAAACUUCAUCUCUAGUAUACGAGAUGAUUUGCAAGUGGUCAAUUUCUAUGAGCAGAGGCCGCUUUGUCUUGUCCGACUAGGGUUCUUUCAAUGGCAAAUGUUUUGCGUUUCCGAGAGGUCGGCCACCUAUCAGGGGAAUAUGGUCAGCAAAAUCGGUCUAGCCGUCGAUCACUACGGGCUGAACAAGUUCGAUUCAAGAAAUGAAAGCUAUAAUAUCAUCCUUUCAAAGCUUGCCAGAGUAAUGGCACCUUUGGUUCAACCGACGAAGCGCCAAUAUUCCGUUCCACUUGAGACUGUACAGACCUUUAUUCAGCGUGAUCGGCUUUGGAAGGAGCUGGAAGAAAAGCUUCAGAUACGGCACAGAAGGGCCAGCGUUCCAUUUGCAGUCACUCUGCAUGGAUUAGGGGGUCAGUGUACAGCUCUUCUGGACGACCGGGUCAUUCACGGUGUGCUUCGAUGGCUUCGCGACCGCACUGAAGGGGACGAUGAAUGGUUGGUUAUCGUUGACAAUGCGGAUGACCUCACUUGGGGCAUCAAAAAGAUCAUGCCAAAGGGAACCCGAGGAAGAAUAAUUAUCACCAGCCGCGAUGCCCAAAGUCAAAAGCUGGUCGAUAAAGGCUGCGAACAAAUUCGAGUUGGUGACAUGACCCCACGAGAAGCGAGGAUGGUCCUUCUGCGCCAUUUGUCCGACAACACCGACUUGCUCCCAAAGUCCGUGCAAGAGGGCUGCGACGAAGUGGCGAAGAAGCUUGGAUACUUACCACUGGCGAUUGACCUUGCCGGCGCGUACAUCGGCAAUACUGUUGCCCCUGAACUGUCCCUCACGCAGUAUUUAGAAGACUAUGAGAAGCACCGCGAUGAGCUCUUGCAGAUGGAUCAUCUUCGAGGGUUAACCUCUGCGGAGAGAACUGUGUGGACGGUAUGGGAUACUACUCUAGAGAAAAUUGAAAGAGAGUAUUCCCACCUGCAGCCUGGUCUACUCUUGACACUAUUGGCUUGUUUCCAAGGAAAUAUUGUGCAGGACGAAAUGUUUCGUCUAGCGAGUCUAGGUAUGUCUACGGUCGUCAACGAGCUCGGCGAAGGAGAUUGCACUGAGCUCCGAAUGUUUAUUCCGGAAUCCGAAGGAAAGUGGGACAACUUCAUAUAUCGACAUAGCAUAGAUGUCCUGGUUCGCUACAGUCUAAUACAGCAUGUGCACGGAGAUUGGCCUGGUACCACAAUGCACAGCCUGGUUCAGUGGAGAGCAGUUCGUCGCGACCAAAGUCGGAAUUGGCAGUCGUGGUACACUAGGUUUGUGCUUGCUGCUUGCUGGCAGAUUACGGAAGAAGAUCACCAGCCACAGUUCCGUCGGCAUCUUAUCCUGCAUCUUCCGGAUGUAGGUAAUAUCGAUCCAAACUGUGUUAGCACCAGAGAAAUAGGCGAGAUUUUCAUUUGGACAACACUGGCAAGGGUACACGAUGAUGAAGGCCGAUGGGAGGAGGCCGAGCAGCUCUUUGUGCAGGUGAUGGAGACAUGCAAGACGAAGCUCGGCGAAGGUCAUCUCGACACGGUGACCAGUAUGGCCAAUCUAGCCUCAACACUUUGGAACCAGGGCCGGUGGGAGGAGGCCGAGCAGCUCUUUGUGCAGGUGAUGGAGACUCGCAAGACGAAUCUCGGCGAGGACCAUCCCGACACGUUGAGCAGUAAGGGCAACCUUGCCUCAACGUUUUUGAACCAGGGCCGGUGGGAGGAGGCCGAGCAGCUAGAGGUGCAGGUGAUGGAGACUCGCAAGACGAGGCUCGGCGAGGACCAUCCCUCCACACUGACCAGUAUGGGUAACCUAGCAACGACGUACAGUAUCCAGGGCCGGUGGAAGGAGGCCGAGCAGCUCGAGGUGCAGGUGUUGGAGACUCACAAGGCAACGCUCGGCGAGGACCAUCCUUCCACGCUGACCAGUAUGGGCAACCUAGCAUCGACGUACAUGAAUCAGGGCCGGUGGGGGGAGGCCGAACAGCUCUUUGUGCAGGUGAUGGAGACUCGCAUGACGAAGCUCGGUGGGCACCAUCCCGACACGCUGAUCAGGACGGUGGGGGAGGCCGAGCAUCUCGAGGUGCAGGUUAUGGAGACUCGCAAGACGAGGCUCGGCGAGGACCAUCCCAUCACGCUGGCCAGUAUGGGCAACCUAGCCUCAACGUACAGUAACCAGGGCCGGUGGGAGGAGGCCGAGCAGCUCGAGGUGCAGGUGAUGGAGACGACCAAGACGAAGCUCGGUGGGCACCACCCCGACACGCUGGUCAGUAUGGCCAACCUAGCGUCGACGUACAGGGACCAGGGCCGGUGGGGGGAGGCCGAACAGCUCGAGGUGCAGGUGAUGGAGACUCGCAAGACGAAGCUCGGCGGGCACCACCCCGACACGCUGGUCAGUAUGGCCAACCUAGCGUCGACGUAUAGGGACCAGGGCCGGUGGGAGGAGGCCGAGCGGCUCGAGGUGCAGGUGAUGGAGGCGACCAAGACGAAACUUGGCGAGCACCACCCCUACACGCUGGCUAGUAUGGGCAACCUAGCCUUAACGUACAGUAAUCAGAGCCGGUGGGAGGAGGCUGAGCAACUCGAGGUGCAAGUGAUGGAGUCUCGCAAGGCGAAGCUGGGCGAGGACCACCCCCACACGCUGGCCAGUAUGGCCAACCUAGCCUCAGCGUACCGGAACCAGGGCCGGUGGGGAGAGGCCGAGCAGCUCGAAGUGCAGGUGAUGGAAAUGAGCAAGACGAAGCUCUGCGAGGACCAUCCUUCCACGCUGACCAGUAUGGGCAACCUAGCCUCAACGUACAGUAAUCAGGGCCGGUGGGAGGAGGCCGAGCAGAUCUUUGUGCAGGUGAUGAAGACGAGCAAGGCGAAGCUCGGCGAGGACCAUCCCCAUACGCUGACUAGUAUGGCCAACCUAGCAUCGACGUACAGGAACCAGGGCCGGUGGGAGGAGGCCGAACAGCUUCAGGUGCUGGUGAUGGAGGCGACCAAGACGACACUUGGCGAGGACCACCCCUACACGCUGACCAGUAUGGGCAACCUAGCCUUGACGUACGGUAACCAGGGCCGGUGGGAGGAGGCUGAGCAGCUCGGGGUGCAGGUCAUGGAGACUCGCAAGACGAAGCUCGGUGGGCACCAUCCCGACACCCUGAUCAGUAUGGCCAACCUAGCAUCCACGUACAGGGACCAGGGUCGGUGGGAGGAGGCCGAACAGCUCGAGGUGGAGGUGAUGGAGACUCGCAAGACGAAGCUCGGUGGGCACCAUCCCGGCACCCUGAUCAGUAUGGGCAACCUAGCCUCGACGUACAGGGACCAGGGCCGGUGGGAGGAGGCCGAGCAGCUCCAGGUGCAGGUGAUGGAGGCGUCCAAGACGAAACUUGGUGAGGACCACCCCUACACGCUGAUCAGUAUGGGCAACCUAGCCUUGACGUACAGGGACCAGGGACGAUGGGGAGAGGCUGAGCAGCUCCAGGCUCAGGUGAUGGAGGCGACCAAGACGAAGCUCUGCGAAGACCAUCCUUCCACGCUGACCAGUAUGGGCAACCUAGCCUUGACGUACAGGGACCAGGGACGAUGGGGAGAGGCUGAGCAGCUCCAGGUUCAGGUGAUGGAGGCGACCAAGACGAAGCUCUGCGAAGACCAUCCUUCCACGCUGACCAGUAUGGGCAACCUAGCCUCAACGUACAGUAACCAGGGCCGGUGGGAGGAGGCCGAGCGGAUGUUUGUGCAGGUGAUGAAGACGAGCAAGGCGAAGCUCGGCGAGGACCAUCCCCACAUGCUGACCAGUAUGGCCAACCUCGCCUCAAUGUACAGGACCCAGGGCCGGUGGGAGGAGGCCGAGCAGCUCUUUAUGCAGGUCAUGAAGACGGGCAAGGCGAAGCUCGGCGAGGACCAUCCUUCCACGCUGAGGAGUAUGGCCAAUCUAGCGUUAACGUUUUGGAAUCAGGGGCGGCGGGAGGAGGCCGAGAAGCUCUUUGUGCAGGUGAUAGGGACGAACAAGACGACACUCGGCGAGGAUCAUCUCCUCACGCUGACCAGUAUGGCCACCCUAGUCUCAAUGUACAGGAACCAGGGUCGGUGGGAGGAGGCUGCAGCUCGAGGUGCAGGUGAACGAGGCGAGCAAGACGAAACUCGGCGAGGGCCCUCCCCGCACCCUGACCAGGGUGGCCAGCCCAUCGUCAACGUAGGGGUCCUUUGA